CGGAGAGUUUUGCACACGUCACAGAUCUCAUCCAACCCCAUCACAAGAAAAACCCAAGCCACUCGUUUGAAAGACCCAAACUACAUGACCAACACGCAUUUUGAGCGGUUGGUGCAGCCUCUCCUCGUCACCUCAUGCAUUCGACUGCGCGGCUGCUCCGAUUUGCGCUGAGGCAGGCAGGCCCUGCCAGCGCAACGCUGCAGCUGCGAGGGCUUCAUGCGUCUGCUAUGGUGCCGGCUCGCCGGAAUCGCAGAGGCUCACCGAGCCGAUCGUCCUCCAAGCCAGCGGCAGUAUUUGAAGGCGAUGGCGAUGACGACGAAGAAUUUGCUAAAUGGUUCGAGGAGAUGCAGAAGCAGUAUCCGAGCAAGGCUCAGCCUCAGGACGAGGAGCUGCCGGACACGAUGGAACUAGUCGACGAGGAAGAAAAUGAACACGACGAUGACGAGGACCCCGAUGAAGAGACCGAGAAGUUUCUGGAAGAAGCAGAAGAGCUCUUCCGUCUGAACCCGACCGAGUUUCAGAAGCGAAUGGACACUUUCGACCAGCGCCACGCCCACGAAGAUGACGGUGAUGACGAAGAGGAAGGAGAGGACGGCAUCGACCGUGCUACGGAGCGCAUUCCUAAGAAGAAGCUGUUGAAAGUACUUGGAGAGUUGAACCCGAACAGUGCGCCGACGGGCAAGAACGCUGAGCGGAUGCCGAACACGAGUCUGAAAAACAAGAACAUGACUCCACUGGAGAAGAAACCGAAACAGCCCAAGGCUGAGCGCGUGACAUAUCGACAGGAGAGCGUGGGUAUCGCCGUGCUGGAGUUCGUGCAGAACCUACUGAUUGAGGAUGCAGAUUUGUCUGGGGCUGACAUCGUGCCUACGAUAAUUGAGGCUAACGUCUCGCCCGAUCUGCGGCGAGUCGUGCUGUUCUGGGAACCUGUACGCUUAAACUCGGAGAAUCAGAAGAUCGGCAAGAAGAAAGUGGAAGCGGUGAAGAACCGACUCCAACGCCAGGAGCGGUGGAUCCGCCGCAACGUCACGCAGCACCUGAACUUGAAGUACUCUCCUGUUGUCCAGUUCAAGCAGCAGAAGGAAGCCAAGGCUGAAGAGGCACGGACGCUGUUCGACGAUGAGAUGAAGUGGCUUGACAGGGUGUAAACUCAUUUACGUAACGCAACAGCAUAGUUGGAGGAGACACUUUUGUUGGGAUCGUAUUACCCACACAAAUCUCACUGCUGAGUUACGUCAUGGUACUCAUAUCCGGUCAUGCCGCCCACCCUCAAACCUGCGAGUUUAUAAGCUGAAAGAACCUUUGCGACGGUAUCUGUUCUUUUCAACUGUCUACUUCUGCACCAGCUCAUAGAGGUCCGAGCGCGACUGGUUCGUGGUGGGGAUGUUACGACGCAUUUCCUCGACCUUCUCCAGGUCGACCUCGGCGUACACGACGGACUCACCGUGACCGCAGGUGGCUACAACCUCGCCCCACGGAGAGAUGACAGUGGAGUGGCCCCAGGCCUGGUAGCCACCCUCGGGGCCACGCGCAGGCGAGGUCGCUGCCACGUACAGCUGGUUGUCGACAGCGCGAGCACGCUGCAGCAGCUCCCAGUGUGCCGGGCCCGUGGUGAGGUUGAAGGCGCCGGGGAAGAGCAGAACCUUGGCACCCUGCUUCUUCAUAAGCAUCGACAGCUCCGGGAAGCGGAUGUCGUAGCAGAUACCGACGCCCAUCUUGCCGUAGGGCGUGUCAAAAAGCGUCAAGCUGUUGCCUGGGGACAGAGUGUCCGACUCCUUGAAGGUGAUCUUGCCGGGCACGUCAAUGUCGAACAGGUGCACCUUGCGGUGCUUGCCGAGGAUCUCACCCUCCGGCGAAAAGAUGACGCUCGUGUUGUAGACCUUACCGGCCGCAUCCUUCUCGGGGAUAGAGCCACCCACCAGAUAGAUCUGGAGCUUGGCGGCGAGCUGCGACAGCGCAAAGGUGGACGGGUGGUCCUUCUCGUUCAGAGCCGCCUUCUUCUCCGGGAUCUCCUCCGCGUAUUGCGGGAAGGACGUAGUGGCGUACGGCGAGUUCCAGCACUCGGGCAGCGACACCACCUGCGCCGCGUUCUGGGCGGCCUCGGUCACGGCAGCGGUGGCGGUGGCGAUGUUCUUCUGCUUGUCAUCACCCACGGCGAUCUGGCACAGGGCCAGCUUGAACUUGGGGGCGGUAGUGCUCAUGGGGCUUGAAAGACGCGGCGCGAGCACGAGAGGUGAGCGGAGGUGGCGAGCUUGGGAUCUGAUGGUGCGGCCAAGCAUCCUGUCAAUUUUCCCCAAUCCCAUCAAUAGUCCUCGUUAUGUAAGACACAUAGAAUUAUCUAUUUCUAAACACAGAAAUACAUUUCUAAAUGCUCAGCUAA